CGAGAAUCGAUACUUAUCAAAUGUUAUAUACUAAUGAAGUAUCGCAAUUUUAGAACUCGCCGUACUGCCUUUACGUACUAGGCACGAAUUAAGUUUAGACGGUACGUAAACCCACCACAUGGCAUUACCUUUCGUUUAGGCACCGAUCGUACCGGGAUCGCUUAUUACUUGCAUGCGUAAGCGCAGCAUAUGACCAACUCCACAUCACAACGUGCUACGUUUGGCGCAAGCGCAGCUUAAGUUAAUGCUCAACCCGUUUCGCCGACGAGAUAAACAUGCGUCCAGCAGCGAUUGUGCCGAGAAGCAGCUCCGCCGCAGUAACUUAUUUCACCGACGCCGCCGUGAAGUCGCAUUGCUUACACCAAACGACAUAGUUGUCGUGCGCAUUGUUCAGUCUUUAAAGAGCCCGAUAGAGUACCGACGACAACGCCGCCGUGAAGGUUCUUGAUCGCUAUUACUUAUCGACACACACAAGCGCAAAAGCUGCCUUCUAUGUGUGUCCCAAAGUUCAAGUACAAUUAAAUCGCUUCGAAUACCAUUUAAUCAUAUUGUGUCGAUCUGCGCACGAGUUCGAUUUGAUUUGAUUCAGUCAUGACCCUGUCACCGUGGCGAAGGUUUAAACUGUCGGUCCAGAACAGACAACGGAUGAUUUCUCUGAAAUCUUCAACUUGCGCCUCCCACAGUCUAGACCCCCUGGACAAAUAUAUUGACAGACACAAAUAUAGCGUAAAAAACGAAUUAUGGUCAUUUCGGCCUCGAAUUCGCAUUAAAUCUCGCCGAAAAUAUCGAAUUGGUUAUAAGAAGAAUUUCUCAGCAAUUGUUCUUUGUUAAUAAUGGCUAUUUUACUUAUUUGGUAUCAUUUAUUGUGACAACACGAAAGCAUGACUGCCUAUCAUGAUAUUACAGCUAGGCGAGUCACUCAUAUCCGCACCAUCAGUGAGCCACGAACAUGUUG